AUGUUCUCGAUGUAUCUGGUCGCCCUCAUCAUCGUCUUUUCUGGUCACGCGUGGGUGACUAAGCAGAACGCUUACUGUGAAUCCGUAUGCAGUCGCUCUCUCGACUGCGCUGCCGCCAUCCACGGGACUUACUGCAACUAUUGGGCCGAAAUUCCUACAUGCUACGGCUUGUAUUCGCUUGAUAACGACAUCUGCUACAGCUCUGCCUCGGACUGUCUCGACUACCAGCCUGUAUCUUGCGCCGUUGGCGAUAUACCCGCAAGAUUCUCAAUCAACGGCUCAGCACCGGUCGCAGCGACGUGCCCUUUCACCAUGCUCUGUCCUGAAGGCGACCUAACGAGCUCCUGCAUGAUGAACACCACAGAUUCCGACCAUUGCUCCUGUUCUGGGCUCAACGUUACCUGUGGUCUACAUCAGAAUACCAGUGCUCCCUGUAUGGGCAUGGUCGGCGUCACCAACGGCACCAAUAGGGUCAACGAGACUUUGUGUGACGGAAUUAGUAAUUAUACUGACUGUAUGGUUACAUGCGAGCCGAUUGGAUUCUCUGUUUCCAACGUUACCGAGUACCACUGUAACUGCACGGUUGUUGAUGGUCAUUACUCUACUUCAAACUCGACUACCCUAUUGCCUAGUGGUGGGUCGAUACUUACGACCACUGCUACCCCACCAUCCAGUGGUACCCUCCCUUUCGGCCAGUAUUGUGGUCUCCUCGGCGAUGAACUGCCGCUUAUAUUCGAUUUCACGACCAACUCUAUUGAUAUCCUAGGUGGAGAUGUUUUCGCUCUCACUGGCAUCGAGUUCUUCGGUCUAGACCCGAACUCUCCCGCGGGUAAUACUCUCGACAUCAAUCUCUCCGAUCCGCAGUUCACUGACCUCAUUGGCAGCGGUGGAGCUUUCGAUCGCCAAAUAUUCUCAUUGAGCUACUACAGUUCGACCAAUACUAUUGGAGGCUUCUUCACUGCUCGGCCCGUUGAACUCACGCCUAGCAACUGUUGA